AACUGCCAGAUUCGAACCCGCACAAUCAGUAGACAUGCCGACUACCAAUCGAGCUCAUCAUCAAAGCCAAAGGAGACUUAUUAUUUUGCGAGCCUUUGUCAGUCAAAUAUACGAUCACCGGUACCUGUCAUUUUACUUGUGACUAAUGAAGGAACAAUAGGACAUACACUGAUACUCAAUAGGAAGUAUAAAUAUAUAUAUGUAUGUGUAUAUAGUGUAACAUGGCAGUGUUAUACCAUGUUAUUUAAUAUAUUCAAUACUAUAUUCAAUACUAUAUAUUCAGUAUACUGUUAUAAUUAUAAGAGGAAGACCUUAGGCAACCUUCCUCGCAUGAAUAAGCAAAUAUUUAGAGAGAUUAAAGAACCACGGGAAACGCCUAGUACCACAAACCACGCAAACAGGACAUAGUUUUGUGGUUGAUAAACACUGCUAGAACUUGCUUUGACAAACAUAUUGCGUAGAGGAAAUUAGUCAUAGUUACAGAUUUCUUCCUCUAAAAUUUAUUAUAAAAGCUGGGCACAACCUGAGAGUCGAGAGGGGAGAGUGAAGUGAGAAGAGCCAUUUAGGCUAAAAUACUUCAUAAGCCAACAAAGGCUGAAGUAUAUAAUUAAAAGGCUAGAUAAUUAAGCCUCGUCAAGUAAACUGAAGAACAUUGGAAUAUUGUGGAAUAAUUAUUAUUAAAGAAGACGGAAUACAAAGUAUAAAGAAUAAAGAUUCAAAGUUGUGCUCAGCUCAAACAAAUAGAGAGAUAAGUUGAUAUAUUAAGAUUACUAUAUUAUUAUAACAUUAUAGAGACGCUAAUUCAUAUUGUUGAAAGUAAAUAAAAUAUAUAAAAGGUAUAAGGUUUCAUGCUAUUUGUGUUACGGUAGCGUUAAUAUAAUUUGAACCCGAAGCCUAAAGGUUGAAAAUAUACCUAAUUGGAAAAUAUAUUUGACGCAUAAAUAACGCACCAUAACAAUAGUCUAUAUAGAAACUAGAAAGACGACGGAAGAACCGAUGACGAUGGUAUACUACCGUAUAUAGCUGUUAUAUGAUAUCCAUGAAUUCAGUUUGUUGACAUAUAUACACUGACAAAGAUUUCCUGACCUGUAUACUCCUGUAGAAGAUUGCCCAAAGACAAAGUUAAUAAUGGGAAUAUUUGCACGAAUUCGUGACUUCUUUUGUUCUUGUAUUCGUUCGUCAACAUCGUGCAGUUUAAAUAAUGAAGAAAACAGCAGAUUGUUGGGACCGAAGUCACCGAACGUUGACUCCACACGUACACAAAGUAACUCUUCCAGACAUGUCCCAUCAGCUUCAACAAGUGAUUUAAAUUAUGGCACAUUGACAAUCAGAAAUAUCUCAAAUAAGGUACGAAAACCUAUUAAUAAAGCAAGAAUUCCACAAUACGAAAGCAAUACAGCCACUACAGCACGUCAACCUGACAUAAAGCCGCCUUAUUUUUUACAAACUUUCAUAUGCAGUCUCAGUUCAUCCCAGAAAGGAAAAUCGUCUUUUACACCAGCGAGUAGUGUUAUAUAUCCUGAUGAGUGGACAGCUUGUACAGCUAUAAUCUUGGACGAAUCCUCUCACCGAUUAAGUCCCCAACACACAUUGGAACUAUCCAGUGAUUCUCAUGUUGAAUUCCGUGGUUGCAAGCUACAAAAUGGCUGCCUUCAGUUCAGUAUGAAAGCUCGUAAUGCCGGAACUAUUACAAUAUUUUUUAAUAUAAAAGAUGGCUUUACACUCAGCAAGAAAAUCUGUGUGAGAUACGCCGCUUGUUCAACUGUCCAAGCCGAAAUGAUAAUCAAAAGAAUUAAUGAAUCAUCAUCUGGAUAUAACAAAUGUGUAUUUCAAGUGUCUGUUGUUGAUGUUUGGGGAGCCUCACAUCAAUCGUGUAAACUUGAAAUCCUUUCGUCAGGUGAAAAUGAGGUGAUCCAGAAGAAGCGAAUGCAUUCGGAAGCAGGACAUAUUGAUUUUGAAAUAACAGUGAGGGGAAAAGAACCUUGGUCCAGAGAUUUUGUUGUAAUUUUGAAUGACAAUGGGCAGCCUGUUCCACAUGCCAAGAAAAUUGAAGUCUUUGACAAGUUGAAAGAAAUAUGUUGUAGAGCUUUGAAAGAUGGUGACUAUGAAUUUAUUCCUGAUUUCAUAGAAUUUUAUGGAUCUCGUAUAUUUAUUCCUCUAACAAUUGGGGAUGAUGAUGGGAAAUAUCUUUCUUACAAUGAAGAUAAUUGUGAGUUACUGCCAGGAGCUACCCUAAUUUUGUGUAAAAAUACAAAAAAAGAUGAGGUGCUGGGUUCUGGCUUUGCUCAUCUUAAUAACAUAAGUCGAGUUCUUGAACUCAAAGAUCUUCUUGACAUUCAAGAAAUUCAAGCUGAAAAUAUUGUCAUAAUUGGCCUAAGCAAUGUUCACUCAAGUCGCCACCAUAUUUGUAAAGAGGUUGUUCAACAUCUUCUUCGUGGUUUAUAUUAUCGAAAGAAAGCUUCAGAAGCGGCCGCAAUUCGCAUGGAAUGGAAGAACAGAGUUGCCACCCUUGGUAAACUCUUAGGUGGUGCUAGUCCAAGCAUAAGAGUUUGCAGGAAUUUUAGAGAUCACUUUGGCAAUCUAAUGAAUCGUUACAAUCGUGAAGCUUGUGAUGAACUGUUUACGUUUUUUAAUUUCCACCGAGAUGUAAGUGAGGUAGACCUUCAUGGUUUAUAUGUUGCAGAUGAGAAGAAGUUGGAGAUGCUGAGAUUGGAUUUAUUACGAGGAUUGAGAAAUGAAGAAAACAUUAACAAGAUACUGCAUAAGUGCAAGAGUUUCAAUGGUCGAAGUAAGCAAGUACUGAAAUACGAGUUACUCAAUGGAAAAUUUCCCGCGCAUGAAGUGAAAUAUUUCAUAAAAUUUUGUCGAGCUAACGGUGUCAAACAGAAGAAGUUGAAAAUCCUGGAACAGGAAUUGCUAAGGCGAAAUGAGCGCAGUGGAGAGGUGGAUGCUAUCAUUAAAAAAUUCAGAGGUGAAGGUGACGAAGCUAUCCAGAAAUUGAAAGAAACAUUUGAAUGUUUUGAUCUUGAAGUAGCAAUCAAGAAUAACACACCAUGGCUUGAGAUCAUAGUUGGAGCUGGUCGUCACAGUAGAAUAAAGAAUGAACAAAAUAUCCGACCAAAAGUUGAGAAACUUCUCAAAGAAAGAAAUCUUAAGUUUACUGCUGUGAACAAAGGAUCACUUGUAGUCACGUUUCAAACCUACAGUGGUCCUGAGCCUUGUUUUGGUGAAUAUUAUUGUGAGAAAUGCGACCAUCGUUGGAGAAGCAAUGAAAGUUAUGUUGAGAAAUAUCAGAAAUGUUCUCGCUGCAAAGACAGCUGUUGGCCAGUCAAACAACGAGAAAAAGAGAAACUAGUAAAAUACCUGCGUCUGUAAAACGCCAGCCAAAACGUCAUGAAUCAAGCCCUAUGUCAGGAAUUAUGACUCCCUUGCAACGAGGAUAAUUGUCAUACGACUCUGACUAUUAAAUGGAUAUCCUGAACAUGCAAUAACUUUGGCUUUAAGGAAUAACUUUAUAGAGUAAAUAUAACAUGACCACUGGUCAUCGAUGACUUUUGAAAUUUCUAGCAUCCAUUGUAAAAAAUAUGAAUAUUUUAGUGAAGAUUCAAUUUUUGAAAUAGCAGCAAAUGAAUGUGGUUUAAAGUAAUUAAACUGAACAUAUGACACGAAACUGUUUGGUAACUUCUUUCACAGAUUUUUAUGUUCAUUGUU